AUGAUCAGAACUCGCGACUUUCGACCCGACGCAACCAACCUCUCACGGAUCGUCAACGCAAGAGCCAGACGUGAGAACAGGCCCAAAGUCGUUGAACUCGACACCGACGAGUUCGUCCAUAUCCACUGCGACGACGUGGUUUUCAUCGUCUUCCGAGAUGUCAUCACCGCUGGUUCCAUGUACUUUGACAGCUGCUUGUUUGGCUUUUUCAAAGAGGCCUACAGCCAAGAAAUCACUUUCGCCCAAGACAUCUGCCCCGACGCCCUCGAACUUUACCUUAACCUCACGCAUUCCUGGUUCUUCGAAAUAAUAUUUCGUGGCAUCCGAGUUGUACCCGUCGACUACUUCAGAUCCCUAAUCGAGGCUAUCCAAGAGGAACCCUUCCGAAAGGCUCACCUGGAGAUCCCAAAGCUGAAGCUGCGAGAGUUGGCUGAGGUCGUCACACUCGCCGAUCGCUUUCUACACCGUUCCCUUCUCUGCAUCCUCAGACAGAUGUUUCUUAGCCUCCUCAACAUCACACACGUAUCUUGGGGCAAUCUCAAGCAGGAAGCGCGCGACAUGGACGUUUUGUAUCAUGCCGAGUUCGUCUUCGACUAUACAGAUACGUUCGAGAUUCUGUCCAUGGGUCACGAUGAUGAGAAAUACCUCAGGAACGCCCUGACUGAGUCUUUCCACUGGAUUAAUCUGAAUACACCUGACAUCAGAGACCGAUUCUUGUAUCUCAUGAGCGACGAUUUUAUUGCUGAAUGCGACCAGGACCGCCACGGACACAGCGAGACUGAGCAAUUCUCCCAUGCCAAGGGCAUCUUUGCCACCGACCAGUUUUGCUACGAAUCGGUUACUCGCGUCCAAAAGCAACGGAGAUUUAAGCGUGUUGUCAAUAUGUGCCCGUUUGAGGACCAGAAAGACAUCUUCCCCUGGGUUGAGAAUCCACAGGAUAGACGCAUCCGUGUCAGACGCUUGCACAAUUCUGUCCGUGCUGUUAAGCGCAGCGCUCGAAAUGCUCGUAACCUGGGACAUCAGCUUGACAGUGUUGUUCUAGGCGCGAACUCGGUCAUGACAAUAUCCAUAUCCGAGGAUCUGGCCGUGGCCGUGGCCACGGUCGCGGUCGCGGUCGUGGGAUCGGCGCUGGCGAACAUCGUCUUUCUCGUGAUGGCUACCGUCAACGGUCGACCACUACGAUGA